AUGUACAAUACCAACACCGAUAUCUGGCUGUCAGGCGCCUUCGCCGUCCUAAUCGUCGACUUCCUCGUCUACCCCAUCGACACGCUCAAAACGCGCAUCCAAUCCCCAACCUACAACCGAAUAUACAAAGAUGCUACGACGGGGGCAAUCAACCGUAAACUCCUCUUCAGGGGUCUCUACCAAGGUGUAGGGAGCGUCAUUCUCGCUACUUUACCUGCUUGUAUGGCCCUCCCAUACCCCCCAAACCAUUCACAUUGA